CCCCUCAAAUCCGGCGGUAAGUGGAAACCUCCCAGGCCCUUUCCUCGCCAAACACCCAGCCCGGUGCCUGCGCCGCCACGCCGGGGCCUGCCCCGGCUCUCUCGUCUCUUCAGCGCCGCCGGCCCCCUCGGGGAGGAGACAGCGCCGGCGCUUCCCUGAGCGCCGGCAGGCCCAGCUCGGGCCGCGCUGGGUGUUGCAUGCGGCGGGCGGGAGGUCAAGCCGCUGCGAGAGACCGCGGCCCGGCGGGCAGGAAAAUUGGAUGGCUGAGUGAGAACUGGUUGCUCAGAAGAUACAUGACUGUGGCUGAGGAUUACAGCAUGUCUAAAGAAAUGCAAGAACUGCAGAAGCAAUGGCACUCCAUGGUGCAGGCCAUCCACAGCAACUCAAAUGUUGUUGCAUUUAUGAAUUCUCGUGUUGGCCAGUACUUAGAUGACCAUCCUUUUAUUGCCUUAUCACUCCUAGUGUUUAUUGCAGUGUCUGCUAUUCCUGUUGCAUUCUUCCUGAUUUUUGUUGUUACAACAGCCAUAAUGGCCUGUAUCGGUGUGAUAGUCAUGGAAGGUGUUGUGAUAGCCAUAGGUGGCAUAGCCCUCCUUUGUGUGCUGUGUGGCCUGAGUGCGCUCUCACUGGGAGUUUCUGGAGUGCUGAGUUUUUGUUAUAUCGUUCUUUCAACUCUGGUCAACUACUGGUGUGCUUCAGGGGGUCAGAUAAGAAAGAAAGAAGUCAAUGGAAGUCUGUCACGGAAGACUCCUCCUGUCUCAGAUCUUUCUGCCAAUACUGGAAAGAACGAAUAAGUGGGUUUCUCUCCACUUCCUUCAGAGGCACUUACCUGCACUAUUCUGACCUUUGCUGUAUAAUAGUUUACUCUUUCAACCUUUGUGCAUUCCUUACGGGAGCUGAAAAAAAGUCAAUAUGCAUCUUAGAUUGCCACUGUAAAACUAGUGUUAAGAAUAACCAUUAAACAUCAGUGCAUUGCAAUAUAAAGUCUAUGCGCAUGAUGGAAUAUUCCACAGAAUCUGGUAAAGGAAUGUAACAAUAACUGCUACUGUUAAGUUAGUGAUGAUUAGGUGAAAGAAAGGGUAGGUAGGUAUUGGACAUUUGUUACUGGAGUUCUGGAUGUACUAUCAUUUGGAAUUCAGAUGCAGCAGUUGGUCAUUUUGAUACGUGUGUCAAAGCAUAUAACAACACAAAUGUGUUUUGAAUGUUACAAGAAUAUUUUAAGCCUUAACAGCCUUUGUUAAAAUAGGACGAGCACACCAUGCAAAUGCUUUAUAUUUAUUAUGCAAGGAAAGUUAGGAUUUAUUGUAUGUUAAGUCAUGAUACAAGCUUUUCUACACCUUUAGAUGCUGCAUUAUUCUGAAGGGAUAUUUUUCUUGUUCUCAUUGCCUCAUCACAUCAAGGGUAUGCACUUAGGUCUUGCAUUUUGUCAUACUUGUUUAGGUGUUUAAAUUGCCUGGUUUGCUUUUCAGUUGUAACUUCUGGUAUGUUAUUUAAGUUGGGGCUGGUUUUGUUGUUUGUUCCGGGUUUUUUCAUUUUUGUGAAUGCUGUAAUAUUCUUAAGCAUUAAGAAAGUAUCUAACUCAUUUUAAUAAAGUGCUGUUUGUUUAA